AUGCAUGAUACACGUCCUAACCAAGAACAUUACUCGUUUGCCAACGCCCCUGUUCCGGACGAGAUACCCGAUGCCAGUUUGGCGUUCUUGAAGGCUUACACUGGAGAACAGAAUUUGAACGCGCUAAAGGAAAGAGUGUUUGAUAUUUGGAGGGAGAGCAGAGAAAGGCUGCAUGUGUACAAAUGCGUUCAAACUCUCAUGUUCCUAGAGCCACGCAUCACCAAACACUCUCUCUAUCCCACCAUUCUCCAAAGCUUCCAGCAAGCCCAAAAAUCUAACUUGCCACCUCCGCGCAUCCUUGAUGCGGGUUGCGCCUAUGGAACCGAUGUACGCGCACUCAUCCACCAUGGAGUUCCAGCGUCACAAAUCGCCGCCUCCGAUCUUCACGACGGCUACUGGAAACUAGGACAACGUCUGUACAAUGAUAGUGAGAGGAUUCAUGCGGUCAAGACGACAUUUGGAGACAUGGCUGUUCCAGCUGGAGCCGUCGGUGCAGUCGAGGCUUCGAGCAUUGAACCGCUAACGUAUAUCGCCGCGUCGGCAGUCUUGCAUGUUUUCUCCGCUGCGCAAUGUGAAGCAUUUUUAAGACGUAUCCUUUCGCUGCUCGAAUUUAAAGGGAUUUUUUUGGGAACAUGCGUUGGCGCCCUUCAGGAAGGUGAGUGGCGGCGCGGUCGCGCCAAUGAAGGGAAUGCGGGCUCCGUUGUACGGUAUCUCCACUCGGCAAAAUCGUUAAAAGCCUUGAUGGAACAAAUCGGGUUCGUGGACGUUAAAGUCGAAUCACACGGUCCCGAAGAUCCAACGGCUUCCGAUGAUCCCGUGAAAAAGAUUUGGAUAGAAUUCCAGGGAAAGAAACCUUGA